AUGAAGGAUUCAUCCUGGUUUUCUGCUAAGGUUCGGAGCUCUCAUCAUAAAAAUAAGGGUUUGGAACCUGAAAGCCCAAUGAUCGGGAUCAUGUCGUUUGAAGUCUCAAAAUUGAUGUGUAAAGUAGUCAACUUAUGGCAUUGUUUAAGUGAUAGAAAUCUGUCACUGCUAAAGCAAGAACUCAGAUACUCACCAGGCAUUCGUACUCUUAUUUCAGACGACCAAGCAUAUCUUAUUAAUCUUGCAUUAGCAGAGAUCAUUGAUAUCUUGAGAGGUGUGGCUGCAUCUGUGGCCAGGCUUGGUAAAAAGUGUGUCGAUCCGAUAUAUCAUAACCUUGAUCGUGUUUUUGAUAACCCUUUUGAGAUUGAUCCUAAAUGGUGUGAAUGGGAAUAUAGACUGAAGAAAAUGGAGAAACGAGUUAAAAAGAUGAAAAGAUUUACUGAUAGCACGUCACAGUUGCUUGAACAACUUGACUCAUUGUCCGAGAAAGAGACCAGGCUAAUAAAAAUGGAAUCCAACCGUGUGAAUCAAGGGCAGAUGCAAGAGUUCCAUCAGAAGGUCACAUGGCAGCGUGAGGAGGUAACAGGGCUUCGUGAAAUGUCUCCUUGGUUUCGAUCUUAUGACUACAUCGUCAGACUGUUGCUUAGAUCUCUUUUAACGAUAGCUGAGAGGAUCAAGAUCGUUUUUGGAAUUUCUAACGAAUUUGGAUCUUCUAAAGUAGUAGUAACUUUGCCUCAUGGUAGCUGUUUUGUACGCAAGAAUUCCAUUUCUACCUGUACACGAGCUUCAGUUUAUCCAUCUGAAAAAUCCAUGUCAAAUCUUGGACAUACACCCGUUUGCGGGAGACACCCAUCAUCCAAACCGCAAAGUUGCCAAGCCCUUCAUGCUACUCUUCCUAUCAGGGUCAACUUCCAAAAUGACGUUUUUGAUCACAUGAAGAAAGCUACUACUAAUUUCUUCAACGUCUCCGCCAAACAAAGAUUGUCAAAUGUUCAAGAACCUACACUUGGUAAUACUUCAUUAGCUCUACGUUACGCAAAUAUUAUCAUUUUUGUUGAAACUUUAGCAAUGUCACCUCGAUGUAUGAGUCCCAACGCACGAGACGACUUGUAUGAUAUGUUAACAACAAAUAUUAAAGAGCUGUUGAGAGAAAAACUGUGUUUAUCAAGAAAAGAAGCUUUGGUAGCCAAUGAAGAAGGUAUAGCGUCACAUCAAAGGUUAUCCUUUCAAAGGAUUCAAGAUUGGUUAUCUCCACUUGCUCACAAUAUGAUCAAAUGGUAUUCUGAGAGAAAUUUUAAUCAGCAACCAAUCGGUUCAGCGGGAAAUGUUCUUUUGGUCCAGACGUUGUACUAUGCAGAUCAAGCAACCAGUGAGAUUGCAAUCACGGAACUUCUCGUGGGACUUCAUUAUGUAUUCAAGUUUAGUCAAGAAUUAAUCAUUGACAAAUCUCCCAUAGUGCCUUCUUUAUUCAAAUGA